CAGCUGUCUCAUUUUGUUCUUUGUGUUUAGUUAGUGUUUACAUUUACCGUUCACACAAGUUGCUGAAGACAAAUGUUGUGAGUGGCGACAGACUCCCGAGUUUURCGUAUCUUUACGUGAAAUACCUGAGCAGAGUUCUGACACGGAGAGCGGGUUACCUGUACUCUGCUGCAGCAGAGCCUGUUGUUUACACGGCGGUGAACUGCAGGCUGGACAGCUGCUUGUUGAGGAGGUUCUGCAGCUCUGCAGGUUAUGGUUGGGAUUAUCCAGACUCUGAGCACAGAGACAUCCCGCUGUGUUUCCCUGAGUUUCUGUGUUCCACACUUCUGCUCAUUUUAUUAACUGAUGGAAACUUCCGAAUCAGCCCUAAAGGUCUGGUCCGUGUGCGUCAGACUUUGAAGACUCUUCAGCCCAUCGAUGAGCUGAAGAAGGGUUCCUUCACGCUGCAGGUCAGAGUUCAGGGCUAUGAGCUGACAGAUGCAGGGGUGGAGGUGGACAUCUGUCUGGCUGCUGCUUCUUGUUCUGGAAGCCCGGUGUGGGAGAGUGUCCUGACGCUGAGGUCCACAGACAGGCUCCACGAAGCCGGCAGGUGUUUGCUGAAGCAUGGAGACCAGGUGGAGCAGAGUGAUGCAGGACAGUCAGGUGAGGCGGUGCCAGAAAAUAUAAAGCAGGUAGAAGUCAAAGUUCCCAGGAGCACUGGCCUGCAGAGUGUGUGGUCCUUCUCUGACUACUCCCCCCACCAGCUCCUCUCUCUGCUGCCGGGGGUCUUCGGCUUCAGGUCUCACACAGCACCGGGUCUCUGGGUUCUGUCRCUCUGCUUGGCUGAAAUAGAAAAGCACAAAGGGGUCGGCGUCAUCACAGCUCCGGUCAGCGUCACGGCCCGGUUUAAGGAGCCUCUGCUGGUACCGGGAAAAAUUCUGAUCAGGUUCUGGGAGACGAGGGAUGUUGACCAGUCUUCUGCUAAAGAGCUGAGUUUUCAUGUUCAGCAACCAGGACAGAGGGUCUCUCACAUGGUGGGACGAGUUUCUAGGUUUCAAUGACUAAACUUCAUAUUUUUGAUAUUUUUGCAGUGAAGAAGUCUCACUGUAYACACUGAUGCUUUUCAUUUUCUACAUUUUCUAUAUGAUUAUAAACUAAAUAAAGCAUCUGUCUCACCUAA